GCCGCAGAGGACAAGCGGCGCCGCAACACUGCCGCGUCUGCGCGGUUCCGCCUGAAGAAGAAGGAGCGUGAGGCGGCUCUGGAGCGCAAGGCGAAGGAGCUCGAGGUGCGCGUGAGCGAGCUCGAGAAGGAAUGCGAGGCGCUCCGGAGAGAAAACGGGUGGCUGAAGGGUCUUGUCGUG